UACUCCGGCUGAUGCUGUCAGUGGCCCUGAUAAACCCAACAAAGACUUCUCUCUCAAAUUCAAAUUUUUUAUUUUCAAGACAUUAUGCACACUUAAAAUAUUUUAAAAAUCUUGUUGUAUAUUGUUAGCGUCAAGCUACUGACACCUGUAAGUAAGAUUCCCACCUGGAUAUAUCCCGUACAUGGGUAUGUGCAACACUUGGGUAUAUCAACACCUUGCAUUGUGUUGUACGGUAGGCUGAGUGAGGACGAGUACGUAAGAAGUGAGUGAUGGAGUCAAUGACAGACACUGAUGUAUCCACUGAAGCUCUCGCCAGCAAAUUGAGUGGAAGCCUGCCUGUAUAUAUUGGAGCCCACGAUGUCAAAAAGUUCCCUCAACUUGCCCAUCUCUUGGAGGACCUCAGCAGUCGCCUCACACCUACCGGCAUUUACAAGACCACUCAUGCCAAGCUUAUGCAGGCUGCCUAUACCAUGAAGCAUGCCAGGCAGUUGUACAUAGAGGUUGCUACCCUGCAUCGUGUAGUUCAUGAUGCACUGUAUGAGACAUCAACACUGCAUGAGACAUCAUCAAGCUACGACAAAACUGCCAAGAACUUGCAGGACAUGCUCGAAGCUCUGACAUUAUCUGAACUAGAGCAUCACUUGAUGCUGGUCCAGGACAGCUCAGAUCAGACAACCUCAGCGCAACAUCAGAAGAUGCAACAACCAUUAUCCAGCUUCCAGCAGUCUCAGCACACGGUGUUUGGCAUCACCCCAGAGCAAGUGUUAGCACGUGCCCAGGUCCGUGUCUCUGACAAGAUGAUCCUUCAGUUGGCUAAGGUGUUAGAGGAGAGGAUAGAAAAGGAAUGGAUCAGGAUUGCUUCAUUUCUGGAUCCAGUAGAAUUUGUGAAUUAUGAUCCUGAUGAAGUUAGUAAAAUUCCUGAUCGGCUGGAGGACAAGGCACGCAAGUUGACUGAGGAGAGACUUGCACUGAUACACAGCAUGAGACAGACUGACUACUUGUUCCAGCAGGUGUACUGUCUGCUGUUGAAGUACAGCAAGAUUCUGCAGUGUCUGGUGGAAAAGCAACGCUUGUCUUGCUACCCAGCACAGCACCUCUUAAGUGGCAUCAAUAUGCACAAUGUUCAGCUGAUGAAACUCAAGUGUAUGCAAUUAGAGAUAAUGGUUGACACCUACAACAGCCAGUCAGUUCCAGCACUGAAGCUUAUUCAGGCUCAUCUGGAGGACCGUAAAGAAAGAGCUCAAAAGACCUUGGCCCUUCUUCAGCAUAAAUUAAGCAGCUACAGUGGACUCGACUCGAGGUACCAGGAAUUGUUAGAAGAAUACUCAAAACUACAGCAAGACAUAAACUUCACUAAAAAAUCAAUGGAAGAGUGCUCUCAUUAAGGUACUGAAGAAAAAGGAAGCCCUAUUGACUUUCUCAAUUAUGUGAGAGAAUUUAGUGACUAGUGUAUCAUAAAUGUGAAUGUCAUGUACAGUAACAAAUUGAGUCUGGACACCUACACUUGGGCUUCUUGCUUGUAUUAUAUAAUGGCAUAAAAAGAAUUUUGUAUUUAUUUCUUAAAAUAUUACAACUAUAAUUGUAACAAAAUAAUGUCUGUUCUAAAUAACGUGAAAAUAAAAAUAUAUUGCA